AGUGCAGGCACCGCCCCGCCCCCCUCCGUGCGCGGUGUGACGUCACUUCCGCCGGCGACCCCUUCCCGACCCUGCUGCCCCCACACCUUGUCGAAGGAUCGAAGCGACCUGCAGAGGCGCACGCCUGCUCCCUUUUGGGGGAGCGGGAGCCUGGGGGCUGCCAUGGCCCCCAGCCACCUGUCUGUGCGGGAGAUGAGGGAAGAUGAGAAACCGCUGGUGCUGGAGAUGCUGAAGGCUGGUGUGAAGGACACCGAGAACCGCGUGGCCCUGCAUGCCCUGACGCGGCCGCCAGCCCUGCUCCUCCUGGCGGCGGCCAGCAGUGGCCUGCGCUUCGUCCUGGCCUCCUUCGCCCUGGCCCUCCUCCUGCCUGUGUUCCUGGCUGUGGCGGCUGUGAAGCUGGGCCUGCGGGCCCGGUGGGGCUCGUUGCCUCCACCAGGCGGUCUGGGGGGGCCCUGGGUGGCAGUGCGCGGCUCGGGGGACGUGUGCGGGGUCCUGGCCCUGGCCCCGGGCUGCAGCGCCGGGGAUGGGGCCCGGGUCACCCGCCUCUCCGUUUCCCGUUGGCACCGGCGCCGAGGCGUGGGCAGGCGCCUGCUGGCCUUUGCCGAAUCCCGGGCUCGAGCCUGGGCGGGGGGCAUGGGGGAGCCCCGGGCCCGGCUCGUGGUUCCGGUGGCCGUGGCAGCUUGGGGCGUGGCGGGGAUGCUGGAGGGCUGUGGGUACCAGGCCGACGGGAGCUGGGGCUGCAUGGGCUACACGCUGGUGAGAGAGUUCAGCAAAGACCUGUGACUCCAGACCCAGACAGGGAGGGAGGAACACCAACACUUAGGCAGUACCUACUGUGUGCAGGCGCAUUCAUGCCCUCCCUCCGUGAAUCCCCAGCCCACCCAGGGCCCAGAAACAGGUCUGCAGAAGGCAAGGGACCCCACCGCAGCCUGAUGGCUGUCUGUAGUGUUUGAACUUUUCAGAGAGGUCAAUCUGUCUAAUCCCCUGCCUCAGAUUCUGUCUGCACUGAGAAAUCUCGGUCUGUCUGUCUGCAAAGUCUGCGCUGUUUGUGCUAUGGGCCUGGGAGAGGGAUGUGGGGUGGAGAGGAGGCUGAGCACAGCUGUCCCCCCAAGGGUUAGGACUUGGGGUGGGGACGCGGAGAAUAGGGACAAGGCCUCUUGGGAAUGGGCUGGAGUUUGAUUCCUGUGCUUGGAGGGGAUGAGCUAGCUGAGCCUUUGCAGGGGAGGGUUGUCUGCCGAGGGAGAGCCCCCGGGGAGGAGGGGAUGAGCUCAGGGCUGCCUGGCCCGCUGGCCCUUCCCGGGGAAGGUGAGAGCCG